CCUUCCUUCCUCAACGUAAACAAACAUCACCCUCCCAUCACUCUUCUCACCCACCCACCGUCUUCUCUCUCUUUUAAAUAUCAUCCUCUCUCACUCCUCACUUUUCAUCUUCAUCUCUCUCUCUCUCUCUCUUUCCCUCUCUCUCAUCAAGUGUUUGUUAUUUAUAAACAAUCAAAAGAAAAGAAAAGAAACCCACAUUCAUCUUUCGUUAACACACUUUGCUGCUGCUUGAUUUGGGGGGUUUUUUCUUCAUGGGAACUCAACAUGACUCUCUGAGUCAUUUUCACAAACACUUGGCGUGCAUAACAAACUCUGUUUCUCUUUGCAGGAGUUCAUCCAACAAUAGAGAACAACAACAACAAUCACAACCAACCCGUUUUUCCUUUCAAAAUACACUUAUUUUAACUACUUUUGUUCUUAUCCUCUGUUCUCAUCUUGUUUCAGGUGAUGAGGUCACCACCACAGUCACACUCUCAGAUUACUCAGCUCUUGAAUCCAUCAAGCAAGAUCUUAUCGAUUUCCGAGGCGUAUUGCGGUCUUGGAAGGGUAGAAACGGUGUAUGUACAGGUGGCUGGGUCGGUAUCAAGUGCGAUCAAGGUCGAGUCAUCGCUAUUCAGCUUCCAUGGAAGGGAUUUGGCGGCAAGAUUUCGUCGAAAAUGGGGAAUCUUCAUUCGCUCAGAAGGAUCAGUCUACAUGACAACCUGUUAGCCGGUUCCAUUCCACAGUCGUUAUGGCUGUUACCGAAUCUACGAGGUGUUUAUCUGUUCAACAAUCGCCUUUCGGGCUCCAUCCCACCGUCUAUUACCCCAUCUUUACAGAAUCUUGAUCUAAGCAACAAUCAGUUAAAUGGAACAAUUCCUAAUAUUGUUUCCAAUUCCAGCAAGAUUUAUAGAUUCAACCUUAGUUACAACGCCUUUUCGGGUUCUAUUCCUUCCAGUUUUACCCUAUUACCUUCACUCACAUUCUUAGCUUUAGAACACAACAAUCUUUCCGGUCCCAUUCCGGACACUUGGGGUUCGGGUGAACUCGUAUCUUUCACCCUUGAUCAUAACUUUCUCACUGGAAGUAUUCCGGCUUCAUUAAGCAAGAUGCGUAAUCUCGAAAAUGUUAAUCUUGGUCAUAAUCACAUUGAUGGGGUUAUACCUAAUGAGUUUGCUAAUCUUUCUAAGCUACGAAUCUUGGAUUUAUCGAACAAUGCUAUCAAAGGGGGGUUACCCUCUUUUAGCUCUUCGAAUCUUUCGGUUUUGGUAUUGGAUAACAACCGGUUGAAUGGCCCGAUUCCUGAUGCUGUUGGGCAUCUUUCUUCUCUCACUCGACUCGGGUUAUCCCACAACAAUUUCAGUGGCGAAAUCCCGAAAUCGAUUGGUGAGUUGAAGAAUCUUGAUUCGUUUAAUGUUUCGUAUAACUCACUUUCUGGUAGUGUUGAUUCUUCGCUUUUGAAGAGGUUUAAUUCGAGCUCUUUUGUCGGGAAUAUCGAGUUAUGUGGGUAUAGCGUUUCGGCUCCAUGCCCUGUUCCGUCCAUUCCGCCUUCUCCGUCUGCUUCACCGAUUGUUCAAACACCGAACAAAAAACAUGAUAACAGAAAACUCAGUACAAAAGAUAUCAUUCUCAUAGCAGGUGGGGCCCUGUUGCUGGUGCUGCUUCUGUUAUGUUGUUUACUCCUUUGCUUCUUAAUCCGAAAGAGGGCUGCAAGAACAAAGUCGAAGAAUGGCAAAACCGACAUUUCGAUGCCAAUACCAGCAGUAGCAGGGGCUGAUGUUGUUGAAUCAGGAGAAACAGGUGGGAAAUUGGUGCAUUUUUCGGGUACAUUUGUGUUUACCGCUGACGAUUUGUUAUGCGCGACUGCUGAAAUAAUGGGAAAGAGUACGUAUGGAACCUCAUAUAAGGCUACGUUAGAAGACGGUAACAUGGUUGCGGUAAAACGACUAAGAGAGAAGGUGACGAAAGCGCAUAAAGAAUUCGAAACCGAAGUUUCUGAACUGGGAAAGAUUCGGCAUCCGAAUGUUUUGGCCCUCCGCGCUUAUUAUUUGGGACCUAAAGGGGAAAAGCUUCUCGUGUUCGAUUACAUGCCUCAGGGCAGUCUAGCUUCUUUCCUCCAUGCUCGAGGACCCGAAAGUUUGAUAAACUGGCCGACGAGACAGAACAUAAUCGCGGGCAUAACAAAAGGGCUUGUUUUCCUUCAUAACCAAGAGAACAUAGUGCACGGGAACCUCACUUCAAGCAACGUGUUACUCGACGAGCAGAAGAACCCCGCGAUUGCUGACGUGGGCCUCUCGAGACUCAUGACAAAUGCAGCGAAUACCAACGUGAUUGCAACCGCGGGAACGUUGGGAUACCGGGCUCCAGAGCUCGCAAAGCUCAAGAACGCCACCCCAAAAACCGACGUUUACAGUCUUGGUGUGAUUAUGCUGGAGCUUUUGACUGGGAAAUCUCCCAGUGAGGCAACCGACGGUCUGGAUUUGCCGCAGUGGGUGGCGUCGAUCGUGAAGGAAGAAUGGACUAAUGAAGUGUUUGACUUGGAGUUAAUGGGUGAUCCGGCUAAUGUUGGUGGUGAUGAGCUGCUUAGUGUUCUGAAAUUGGCGAUGCACUGUGUGGAUCCUUCGCCUGAAGAAAGGCCGGACGCUGGUCAAGUUCUUGAGAAGAUUCAGGAGAUUAAACCCGAGCUAGCGGAGAGCUCGGGUGGUGAUGUGGAGGUUACAGAGGCGGCUGCUGCUGCUGCAGGAGUUUCAUCAAAAAGUGAUUGAAGGAUGGAUAUCUAAUUGAAUUUAUAAUCAUAUUCUUUUGUAAGAUAUAUAUGCAUAUUGAUGUAUAAGCUAAAGUGUGUAGAUGUGUUCAUAUUGAUUGAAUUUGUUGAUUCUUUUUGUAAUGAGAAAAUAAAACACCAUUUAUGUUGCAA